AUGCUAGGAACCACCAAGGCUACUUCCAGAAAGCUGCUGGGUUAUCCACAUCAGAUCGCAAAAUGGACCACUACUCCGUCCAAAUGCCUAUCGACCACGCCAUCGGUAUAUGGGGCGACUCUUUUACAGGAUAAGCAAAAUGGGUUUGGCUUCGCAAGAUCCAAUCCCAGACCUGCUAAGCCUAGAUCAAAAGGAGUAACGGAGAUUCGUGGCCCAUACUACUCGGCUAUGGGGAAGCGCUACUUGGCGGACGUCUUGGAAACCAUGGGCAAUCACGUUGAUGGAUUGAAGUUUGCUGGAGGAUCUUUUUCGCUAUUCGAGGAGAAGCAUUUACGCGAAUUGAUUGACAUGGCCCAUGAUCAUGGUGUCUAUGUCUCAACGGGCGGCUGGGCUGAACACCUCCUCACGCACCCCGAUGCGAACACGGUAUUCGAUCGAUAUCUCAAGAAAUGCAAGGACGUUGGUUUCGAUGUCGUCGAGCUGUCUGCUGGCUUCCUAUCCAUCCCAGGAGAUGACUGGCUUCGUCUCGUCGAUAAAGUCCACUCAUACAAACUGAAACCCAAACCCGAGCUCGGCAUCCAGUUUGGAGCUGGAGGUGAUACUGCCGGAUUUAACGUGGCAACCUCUGAUCCCGGUAAGCUUGUGGACAUGGGCCACAGGUUUCUCCAGGCUGGAGUGGAGCGGUUGAUGAUUGAAUCAGAAGGUAUCACGGAGAAUGUGGAGACAUGGCGGACUGAUGUAGUCUCACAGAUCAUGAAGUCCUUACCGCCCGAGCGGGUGAUGUUUGAAGCUGCUGACCCGAAAGUGUUCAAUUGGUAUAUUCGAGAGUUUGGCAUUGAUGUUAACCUCUUUGUCGAUCACAGUCAAAUUGUGCAGCUAGAAUGUCUGCGGGCUGGUAUUUGGGGAACUGCGGACACUUGGGGCAAGGUGGUAUCUUUCCGUCCAGAGUGA